CUUGAUUGAUGAACCGGGACUAAAUGCCUUUCCCAACCAGCACUAAAUUAAGGCCGUUUCUCCAUCAGUGACACUUCGAGUUGUUAUUCAUACAUGCAUGCACGGGGUCAUAUAUUUUUGUCGAGUGUUUUUGGCUAUACCUAUCAUAUAUUUACCAGUAGUGGUGCGCGUGUAGUAAUUAAAGGUGAAUGAAACUGUCACAGUACUCAUUUACUGCGUCUAUCUCUAGCUACUUAAGGGAGGCCCCCGCUGGGCUAGUUAGCUAUCGAGCAGCUCCAACGUACGUACCCAAGCAGGAACAAUGGCUGCUGCUUCCCUUGUUCUGGAGCUCCUGCGGCAACAAUGGCAGGUGACUGUAGCCAUCCUCCUCCUCCCACUGGCCUCCUUCCUCCUCACCCGGCGCCGGUCUAGCAACCUUAACGGCUGCAACGAGUCUGGCGGCCUUAGGCUGCCACCGUGCCCGUGGAGGCUGCCCAUGGUGGGCAACCUGCACCAGAUCGGGUCGCUUCCCCACCGGGACCUGGCACGGCUGGCCCGGCGGCACGGGCCGGUGAUGAUGGUCCGGCUGGGCAUGGUCCCGGCGGUGGUGCUGUCGACGGCGGCGGCCGCGGAGGAGGCCUUCAAGACCAACGACAAGGACUGCAGCAGCCGGCCGCUGACAGUAGGGCCAGGGAAGCUGACCUACGGCUACAAGGACGUGGUGUUCGCACCGUGGAGUGACUACGUGCGCGAGAUGCGGAAGCUCUUCAUCAUCGAGAUGCUCAGCGCCCGACGCGUCAAGGCCGCCUACUUCGCCAGGGAGACACAGAUCGAAAGGAUGGUGGCAAAACUCGAGGCAGUGGGGCCAAACCCAAUACGGAUUGAUGAACACAUCUUCACCACAGUGGACGCGAUUGUGAGCCUGUUUGUGUUCGGUGAACUCAACGCGGGGGAGCAAUUCAAGGGGGAGCUUGUGGACUUGCUGAACGAGACGACGGAUCUUCUCACCAGCUUCACUGCGGAAGACUACUUCCCAAACGCGGCUGGGCGACUCAUCGACCGCAUCACAGGCAUGCACGGCCGCCGCGAGACACUCUUCCGUAAACUCGAUAGCAUGAUGGAGUAUCUGCUGGCGAUGUACGAGGAUCCCGGCCACAAGAGAAAGGCCGACGCCGAUGGUUCGGACCUGGUGCAAGAGGUGGUGGAUCUCAUGAAAAGGCCACCAGCUAAGGGCAUGAUCACCUUCACCAGGGAUCAUGCCAAGUCCAUACUUUUCGACACGUUCAUGGCUGCAACUGACACUUCGUCAAUUAGCUCGUAUUGGGUGAUGACAGAGCUGAUCCGGCACCCAAGGGUUCUGCACAAGGCACAGGCGGAGGUGAGGGCUGCCGCGGGAGGGGCACCGCAAGUGCGGAUAUCCGACAUGCCCAAGCUUAAAUACCUGAGAAUGGUGCUGUCGGAGACCUUCCGGAUGCAUCCCCCGGCAACCAUGCUUGUCCCGAGGGAGACGAUGCGGCCGAUUCGGCUGGGGGGCUACGACAUCCCGGCCAACACCAUGUUGAUGGUGAACGCGUGGGCGAUCGGCAGGGACCCGGCCUCGUGGAAGGACCCCGAGGUGUUCUACCCGGAGCGGUUCGAGGAGCUGGAUGUGGACUUCAACGGCGGGCACUACGAGCUCCUGCCCUUCGGCGCGGGCCGCCGGAUCUGUCCAGGGCUGGCCAUGGGGGUGGCCAACACGGAGUUCAUCCUGGCCAACUUGCUCUACUGCUUCAACUGGGCGCUCCCUCAGGGGAUGAGGAGCGAGGAUGUGGGCGUGGAGGAGUUUGGGGGCCUCACUUUCCGGAAGAAGAAGCCACUCGUGCUGGUGCCAACACGCUACUACCCAGACAAGGAGGAGAAGUAGUAUUUUCUAUAUGCUUUUCUUUAAAUAAAAAUAAACGGGCGGCCUAUUUGCUUUCACCUAGUACGUUAAUUUGUUGUGUUAUUUCAUCCUUGUACGUCCCAUUCAAUCAAUUAGUAAUAACCAGUCUCUACUGUACCGUACCAUUCAGUCAAUUAAGCAUGAGUUUUAAUUA